AUGCUUUGGACCUGCGGCAAUACAAGUCUCAGAGCCUUACGAUCAACAAUCUCAUCUCUCCGGUCUUCUUCAUCAUCAUCCUCCUCCUCCUCCUCCACCGCACGGGUCCCGUCGCUCACCUUGGGCAUCCUCUUCAGCAGAACCACUACAACCCCGCCUGCCGUCCACGCCCGCACCAUGUCCGCCGCAGCAGCCUCCCUCGUCGAGUCGGCCAAGAAGGCCGCCGCCUACCGCGCCGUCGACGAGCACCUCGCGCCCUCGGCGCGCUUCGUCGGCAUCGGUUCCGGCAGCACCGUCGUCUACGUCGUCGACGCCAUCGCCGCAAAGGGCCCCGCCUUCCACGCCGCCAUGACAUUCCUCCCCACCGGCAGCCAGUCCAAGGGCCUCAUCCGCGCCGCCGGUCUGCGCCUGUGCAACCUCGACGAGCGGCCCCUGGGCCCCGACGGCAAGCUCGUCCCCAUUGACGUCGCCUUUGACGGCGCCGACGAGGUCGACGCCGACCUCAACUGCAUCAAGGGCGGCGGCGCCUGCCUCUUCCAGGAGAAGCUCGUCGCCAUUGCCGCCAAGAAGUUUGUCGUCGUCGCCGACUACCGCAAGCUAUCCUCGAGACUGCUCACCAACUGGAAGGCCAUCCCCAUCGAGGUCCUCCCCAUGUCCGCCCCGGACGUGCUCGACAGGCUGACGGCCCUCGGCUCCGUCAAGCCCCUCGUGCGGCCCGGCGCUCCCGGCAAGGCUGGUGAGGUUGUCACCGACAACGGCAUGUGGCUCAUUGACGCGCCCUUCCCGAAGCUGCUGCUGCCCCAGGACCUGGCUGACGCCGACCCCUCGUCCCGCCAGCUCGGGCGCGACGCCGCCGGCGCCUGGGAGGUAUCGGCCCUCGCCCGGGAGCUGUUGAUGAUUCCCGGCAUCGUUGAGAUCGGUAUCUUCCACGGCCUCGACGGCCUGCAGGCCGCCCGCGCAGGCAAGGAGGGUCUUGCCCAGAAGCCUGUCGCCGCCUACUUUGGCAUGGAGGACGGCAGCGUCAAGGUUGCGGCUGCGAGCUCAUAG